AUGGCGCCUUUGCUGGAGCAGUGCGGUGACCUGCAGUGUACGCAACUACUGGCAAUGAAGCCCAACAGUUGGAUGCAGCAUCUCUGGGCUGGGCUGGGGUUACACCUGGGGUGGGGCUUGUACUUUCUGAUGGUCUCGAUCCCGAUGCUUUGGCAAGGCCAGCUGAAAACAAGGCUUUUCAAGAGGGAACUCUUUUAG